CUGAUGACCCUGGGGAUCUUAGCCUUAGUGACCUCCACUGGUUGUGCCUCGGCCAACGCCCUGCAGUCCCUGACGGAUGCCAUGCACAUCCCACACCUUUUUGUACAGCGCAGCACGGGAGGCUCCCCACGCACAGCCUGCCACCUGAACCCCAGCCUGGAGGAGGAGGAGUACACGCUGGCUGCCCGACCACCCGUCCGCCUCAAUGAUGUCAUGCUGAAACUGGUCACUGAGCUGCGGUGGCAGAAGUUCAUAGUAUUUUAUGACAGUGAUUAUGAUAUACGCGGACUGCAGGGAUUUCUCGAUCAGGCCUCAAGACUGGGACUUGAUGUAUCAUUACAAAAAGUGGACAGGAACAUCAGCAGAGUCUUUGCCAACCUUUUCACUACCAUGAAAACACAAGAGCUGAACCGCUAUCGGGACACAUUGCGAAGGGCUAUCUUACUCCUAAGCCCACGGGGAGCGCAGACUUUUAUUAAUGAGGCUGUGGAAACCAACCUUGCAUCAAAGGAUAGUCACUGGGUCUAUGUAAAUGAGGAAAUCACUGAUAAUGAAAUAUUAGAAUUGGUACAUAGUGCUCUGGGGAGGAUGACAGUUAUCCGGCAAAUUUUCCCUCUCUCAAGGGACAACAAUCAGAGAUGCAUGAGGAACAAUCACCGGAUAUCAUCCCUGCUGUGCGAUCCACAAGAAGGCUAUCUUCAGAUGCUGCAGGUUUCCAACCUGUACCUGUACGACAGUGUGCUCAUGCUGGCCAAUGCUUUCCACAGAAAACUGGAGGACAGGAAAUGGCACAGCAUGGCAAGUCUGAACUGCAUGAGGAAAUCCACCAAGCCUUGGAACGGAGGACGAUCCAUGCUAGAGACUAUUAAGAAGGGCCAUAUAACUGGGCUUACUGGUGUUAUGGAGUUCAGAGAAGAUGGCGCCAACCCCUAUGUUCAAUUUGAAAUACUGGGCACUAGCUACAGCGAAACAUUUGGCAAAGAUGUGCGGAGGUUGGCAACGUGGGACUCUGAGAAAGGACUGAAUGGUAGUCUACAAGAGCGACGCCUGGGCAAUGACUUACAAGGACUGACACUCAAAGUGGUGACUGUCUUGGAAGAACCUUUUGUGAUGGUGGCGGAGAACAUACUUGGGCAACCAAAACGAUAUAAAGGAUUUUCAAUUGAUGUCCUGGAUGCGCUUGCCAAGAAUCUGGGCUUCAAGUAUGAGAUAUAUCAAGCUCCUGAUGGCAAAUAUGGACAGCAGCUUCAAAACAGCUCUUGGAAUGGCAUGAUUGGAGAACUCAUUAACAAGAGAGCAGACCUAGCCAUCUCAGCCAUCACUAUAACACCAGAACGAGAGAGCGUUGUGGACUUCAGCAAGCGGUACAUGGACUAUUCUGUGGGGAUCUUAAUCAAAAAGCCCGAAGAAAAAAUCAACAUCUUCUCUCUCUUUGCUCCUUUCGACUUUGCGGUGUGGGCUUGCAUUGCUGCGGCCAUCCCUAUAGUUGGUGUCUUGAUAUUUGUCCUGAACCGCAUCCAGGCGGUCAGGGCACAGAACGCUUCCCAGCCAAGCCCUUCAGCUUCCUCCACCCUCCACAGUGCCAUCUGGGUUGUGUACGGCGCCUUUGUUCAGCAAGGGGGUGAAUCUACCGUCAAUUCUGUGGCUAUGCGCAUUGUAAUGGGAAGCUGGUGGCUCUUCACCCUUAUCGUGUGCUCUUCCUACACCGCGAACUUAGCAGCAUUUCUCACAGUAUCAAGAAUGGAUAAUCCUAUAAGAACAUUUCAGGAUCUGUCCAAACAAAUGGAUAUAUCUUACGGUACAGUCAGGGAUUCAGCAGUGUAUGAAUACUUUAAAGCAAAAGGGACAAACCCUUUGGAGCAGGAUAACACCUUUGCUGAGCUGUGGAGGACUAUCAGUAAGAAUAACGGGGCAGAUAAUUGUGUAUCGAACCCUUCUGAAGGCAUCAGGAAGGCAAAGAAAGGAAACUAUGCUUUCCUGUGGGAUGUGACGGUGGUGGAAUAUGCUGCGCUGACGGACGAUGAAUGCUCUGUGACAGUCAUUGGAAACAGCAUCAGCAGCAAAGGAUACGGGAUCGCACUCCAGCAUGGAAGUCCUUACAGAGAUCUUUUCUCUCAGAGGAUCUUAGAGUUGCAAGAAAGCGGAGACUUGGAUGUACUUAAACAGAAAUGGUGGCCACGGAUGGGACGUUGUGACCUGAAUAGCCAUACCAAUGCACAGACAGAUGGGAAGGCACUCAAGCUUCACAGUUUUGCAGGCGUUUUCUGCAUUUUAGCAAUAGGCCUUCUUCUUGCAUGCUUGGUGGCAGCAUUGGAGUUGUGGUGGAACAGCAACCGUUGUCAUCAAGAAACACCGAAAGAGGACAAAGAAGUGAACCUGGAGCAGGUCCAUAGACGCAUGAACAGUUUAAUUGAUGAAGACAUAGCCCACAAGCAGAUCUCUCCAGCGUCCAUUGAAAUCUCAGCCUUGGAGAUUGGUGGCAUGCAGCCAACUCAGACCCUGGAGCCGGUACGCGAAUACCAGAACACGCAACUUUCUGUCACCACCUUUUUACCAGAACAGACAACUCAUGGUGCCAGCAGAACACUCACAGCUGCCUCCAGCAGCACCCUGCCGCUGCCCCUGAGCAGCUCGGCCACCAUGCCCUCCAUACAGUGUAAACACAGGUCGCCAAAUGGAGGACUAUUUCGUCAGAGCCCCGUGAAAACCCCGAUCCCAAUGUCAUUUCAGUCUGUGCCGGGGGGAGUCAUUCCAGAAGCAAUGGAGCCCUCGCAUGGAACAUCCAUAUGA